GACUGGUUUCUACUAGCUUUCUCCCCUGUGCUUUGGUCUUUUAGGUCGUGACUGCUGUUCCAGUCGAGAUCCACUGCAUCCAGCUAGGGCCGCGAGAUGAAGCCCAGCCUCCGCCGCCGCCCCAGCUCGCCGGCGGUGGAGCCUCCGCCCCUGGAGAACGACGACCUCCUCGACAAAAUCCUCCUCCGCCUCCCUCCGCUACCCUCCUCCCUCCCGCGCGCCUCUGCCGUCUGCAAGCGCUGGCGCGGCCUCGUCUCCGACCCCCGCUUCCGUGCACACCACCGCCGCAACCAUCCCCUCCUCGGCUUCUUCAUCGGAGGUUAUCACAACCUCGUCUUUUAACCUCUCCUGGAUGCCCCCAAUCGCGUCCCGCAGGACCGCUUUUCCUUACCCAUCGAAGUCGCUGACGGCUUCCUGCCCAUUGGGUGCCGCCAUGGCCUCAUGCUCUUCCAGCACUCAUCGGAGAACCAGCACAGGCGACCAUCACAGGCGACCAGCACCGCCUAGACAUCCCCCCGUGGUUCGACACGGAAAACCCAUUCAGCGCGGCGGUGCUUCGCGCUGCUGGAGAAGUCCACCACUUCCAGGUGGUCUUGGUAGGCAAUAGCGGAAUGCAACAUACACAGGCGGCCGCCUCCGUUUACUCGUCGGAGACCGUUGUAUGGGGCAAUCUCAUCACAUCCGAGGAUUUUAGCGGUUAUGUACCCAACUAGGUUUAUCUGGCCAUACCCCCUGUGAUGGUUGGGGAUUCCCUAUACUGGUUGGUUACUGGGAAUUCUUCCUUUGGAAUGCUUGAAUUUGAUUUGGAUAGGCAGAGCCUAGGUUUCAUACCUAUGCCGGGGAAAGAGACUCUUUCUGGUGGCACGGGCUAUCGCGAUAUUUCGGUACUGACAGAGGGUGGUGGACUCGGUUUCCUCUUCGUGUCGGGAUUCAGCGCCCAAUUAUGGAAGAGGGAGACGGAUUGUGAUGGUGGUGCUUCAUGGGUGAUCGGAAGAACUAUUGCACUUGACAAGCUACUUUCCAUGAAUUCAAAGAACAAGAGAGAGAACUCAUUCAUUCUUGGGUUUGCUCAGGAGAAUAAUGUGGUGUUACUGCGGACAUCUAUCGGCAUCUUCACCGUCCAGCUUGAAUCGUUGCAGUUCAAGAAACUUUCGCAUUCCAACUUCUGGCAUCGCUAUUAUCCAUUUGAAGGUGUCUAUACUGCAGCCACGGGCAAUGGUGGUGGACAAGGUGGAGCUGAACUUUUGCAAAAUAUAUAAGAUGUUUUUUUUUUCUAGGCAGACAUGCUGUGAUGGAUUGAUUGAGCAGAUUGUAGGUGUAUGCCAUGAGCUAGUUUUCGGUGGCUGAGAUUCAGAAUUGGCUUGUUUGCUAUAGGUUCUUCCACUACCAUGUGCUCCACGAGGAAAUGGUCCUUCUAUAUAUCAUGAUAAUCUUAGGGAUGCUAAUUAUGCAUCCUUUCAAGAUAGUGGCCACAGGUGAAGCAGCCAAGCUAAUCAUCAGUGAAUGCGGCGAAAGGCUGGUGGACUUGAAGGAGCAGAAGAGGUGUACCGGGCCGUAACCAUGGCGCUGCUGGAGAUUAAUGAGUACAAUGCCGAUGCUACGUUGUCUCUGAGCUCUGGAACAACAAAGCGAACAAAAAAGGCAGCUUGUUUCAUUUUAGACAUUCAGGAGAUUAGUCGGUCUCCUUUUUACAAGUUAUCUUCUAUUAUGUGGGUAAACUGGAAGUUGUCUUAUGUUCUAUCCUGAGAGCACACUAUUGCAUCUCCCUCUUAUACCAUUCAGGAGACUGGAGCCGUCUGACUUUUUUUCUCUGCAAAGAACCAACUGAAGCCACCAUUUUUGGAUCCUGCAACUGAUAUUAUAUACAGAAAUGUUAAGCAGACUGCUCUUGAAGUACUUUGCAUUAACUUGGCU